GCGAAAAGAAAUCUGGGACGUUGGUAAUGGUGCCUGCCUGCCUCGACCGAAAAUACGCACGCCAUUUUGUUGUCUUUGACUAAAUUUGACAAUUGACGUCUCGAUGGGUUAACCUUUGUGUUGCCUUGUUUAUUACCUGAUGGAUCUGUUGUCAAGUUAUGAUGAUGAAUUAUCAAACACAUCAAAUACUGAGCAGGUGAUUUCAAAAUCAAGAGAUAGAGAAUCCAGUUCUACGCGUGUCCAGUCUGAGUGGGAAAACUUUGAGAGUGCUAUUACAUCUGGGAAUCCCUCGUCUGCACGGUCGAGUUAUCCGUCCAGUAUGUCACAAGAAGACAGUUGUGCCUCUGGUGGUCCUCAAAGUGAAUCGGAGACCAUGUCGGUCAGCAGCUUGAACACAAAGCCGGUUGUUUCAGACAACGCAAAAAGAAGUGUGGAGGAAGAUGAUGAGGAUGAGUCCCAUCUGCCCCCAGGUGUGCGGCGCAAAAACAGGUGUCACACAAGCAGCUCGGAGGAUGAGGAGGAAGAGAAAAAGAAGGGCAGCGAGUCGUCGGCUUCAGAUUCUGAAUCGGAUGCAUCUCCAAGACGUGAUGCUGCAAAGAACAAGGUUGAAUCGGAAAACAACAGUGUGAAAGAGAACUCGAAGUCUACAGAAGUUUCAGGAUCCUCAAAAAAGGCUAGGGACAGCAGAUCCAAGUCAAGAUCCAGAUCUCCGUCCAGGAGGAAGCGCAGACGGUCGUCAGAUCGUAGUCGCCACUCACGCUCAAGAUCCCGUGACCGCGGGCACAGGAAAGAUAGAAAACGCAAGUCGCAUCGUUCACGCUCAAAGGAUCGCCGCAGGUCUCGGGAUAGGGAACACAGAAGGCGACGGGAACAUAAACGCAGCCGAAGCCGCAGCAGAGACAAGCGAGACCGACACAAAGAGCGCAGAAGUCGCAGCAGAGAUAGAAGUCGGCGGGAGAGGAGCAGAGACCACAGUCGGAGUCGAGACCGUAGCAGGAGUAGGGAGCGCAGUCGAAGAAAUAGGAGUCGAAGCUCAAGUCCUAAAAAUGUGAUAAAAUUCGGAGACAAGGUGAUAAAACCAGGGGCCAGCUUUGGGCGACCGCCCCCUUCAAAACCUAUGACUUUCAAAGAAAAAAUGAGGCAGCAGCUUAUCAAAGCCAUUGAAGGAGGGGGAGAUGUGUCUUCUGCUCUAACCAAUGAUGAUGGCACGGCGCUGUGCACGCAGACGGCGGGGACCCAGCAGAUGCCGGCGGCCAAGAAACCCCCGGUGCCUCUGAUGGCCAAUCUGGUGACCAGCACGGCCGGACUCUCUGCGAUGACUGUCACACCCUCGGAGGCAGCCAUGCAGUCCAUGCUGGCCAUGCAGAAGGAGGCGACGGCCAAGACAGGCGUGGAAAUACCAAAGUAUUACAACCCAGCAGCCAUCAAUCCCAUGAAGUAUGCUGAACAAGUGCAGAAGAGAAAGCUGCUGUGGUCGAAAAACAAAGACAAGGAGGUAGUGUCUCAGUGGCAUGCAACGACGCUCUCAAGCGAUCAUGAUGACAAGUCCAAGGAGAAAUUCCGCAAGUUGAUGGGCAUCCGGCAGGAGUCUGGGGACAAGGAUGGCUCUGAGUCAGAGAAGGUGAUUGAAGAACAGCAGGAGCAAAAGCAGCGCGAGAUCUUUGACAAGCUGGACAAGGAGUACCAGUACGCCCGCAUGGCCACUCACACGCACCGAGGCAUUGGCCUGGGCUUUGGCUCUGCCAGCUAUCAGCAGCCGCCCACCACCUCGUCGUAGACAAACUUUGUGGUGUGAUGAUGGGAAGAUAGCUUCAGCUGUGGGGGGGGGUGGGGUGGGUGGAGGAAGAGGGUCUGCGAUGAACGUCCGUUACGUCAUCAUAGGUAGAUCAUUGCGGCUUGUCGUGAAUGCAAGAGCGGGUGUGAGAUGGGUGGACUUUGUUUGGUCACUCUGUGCUGACAAGUGUGAGACUCUGACACGAUUUAUGUUGUGGGGAGAUUGACAUUGUCAUCUUUGUCAUUCUUCGAUCUCGACGAUAGACAACUCGAUGGUGGGUGUUGACGAAGUGGAAGGGUUAUUUUGUUUCAGUCCAGUUUGUCAGGUUCUGUGGUUUCUGAGCUUUGGAUAUCCCCAUUUUGUGGGUGGUUGUUUCCUACCAAACAUCUAUCGUCCUGGUCUCUCCUUCUUUUUGUGUUUGUUUCUCUCUUGUAACACCUCUAAUCUUCGGCACUUAAAUGACCUUAUUGUGUUGCAAGUGCUGUAAAACUCUUACUAACACUAACUAUCCCCAUUGUUGGCUGAGGCUGUUCAAAUGGUAGAUCUAGGUGGCACAUACCUUUUGUGCUGUGAUCUACAUGGUGAGUCUUGUUGAGAAAGUCGUGCUCUUUGUUCUGCUGGAUGAACACUUAAAAAAAAAAGUAAUACCUUAUUUGACUUUUUGUAGCAAGAUGCGAAAUUCCUCCGGUGGGUUUUCUUUUUAAUAGUCAAAACAUGGAAAUGUACUGAGCAUUCCUGCUGCUUUAUUUGGAAAAGGCUGCACUCACUGUGUGUGCUUAUUUUGACAUCAGCCGCACUUUAACCCCACAACCCAGCACUCAUGUCUCCAAAAAUGUACUGUAGUGCAGUUAUAUAUUGAUGUUACAGAGGGCAGAGGGUGGUUUGCAGGUGCUUUGAUAUGGUCGUAUCAAACAACUAUUGUCCAUACUCCCUCCAUUUCUGUAGGCCUUGUUACUCUCUAGUUACUCCUCUUAUCUUGGGCAUUUGUAUGACUGAUUUGUGUUGCUAGUGCCACACAUCCUAACUAAAACUAUGCUAAGUGCUACUGGAUGUGACUUGUACACAUUCUCACCUGUGGGUGGUAGGCGGGUGCUCUGGUGUGGUUUGCUCCUUCUUUCCUAUCAAACACUUAUUGGCCUUAUCUCUCCUCUUUCUUUUUUGUGUAUGUUAGUUACUCUCUUGUAACACAUCUAUUCUUCGGCACUUAUAUGACCUUAUUGUGUUGCAAGUGCCGUAAAACUCUUACUUUAACUAAAAAUUCUCGCCUGCAGUCAGCAUCUAUAGAGGUGAAACUGCUAGUCUAAAGAGAAUAGAAGCAUGCAAAGUAUUCUAGAGCUAAAAGUUCUCAUACUUCAGCACAAUGUCAGGAAAAAAGUUUGCAUGAUCAUUAUUCUUGAAAUUGUUUGUUGAUUUGUUGUGGGGGGUUUUCAUGUCGCAUACUGUAGGCUACUUUCAAAGUCGGAAGACCAAUGUUGAUGCUCUCUUGGUUGGGGGGAGCUUAUGUUUUCAUGCUUGUCUGUGAGCCUGGUGCUGUGUGUGUUAAAUCUGUUGAUUUUUUGCAUGGCUGUUGAGAGAUGAGAUAGACAAAGAUGUGAAGAAUUGGCUGCAUGUGGUGUUACGUGUGUUGGGUAAAAAAUGAAAAUGCUCUGGUAAUGUUUGACUGUGUGUCAUAUGAGUAUUGAAAUGAUCUGUAAAUAGUGGUCUGGUUGUGCUGUUUUGAGGAA